AUGGCUUCUCUAGAAUGGCUACUCGAUCUGCGCGCCGUCGCAAAAGCCUCCAGCAGCGGUAUUAUCACUGACGAUGCACCUCUCGAGAAUCAGCUUCCACCAAGCAAAGACCCAUGGUAUUCUGCCCCCGAUGACUGGGAGAUCAGACAACCUGGCGAUGUUCUCCGCAUUCGUUCUGCAUCGAACCUCACUAAUGUUGUUGAGGGCUCAGCAGCGGUCUACCAUAUUCUUUACCGCUCAACUGAUUCAAGGGGCCAGGCAUCAUGGGCUGUCACUACGCUCUUCGUUCCAACCUCAUUUUAUUGUUCCCCAUCAGGCAAAGCAGCGAUACUGUCGUAUCAGUUCGCAUACAAUACAUGCAACGUCGACUCUAGCCCAUCGUUCGCUUUAUCUGGAGUGAUGGCAAAAAGCGAACCGAAUCUUGGUAUCAAGUCGAGCACUUCUCUAAUCACUGAGAUGCUGUCAUUCGGGUGGAUCAUCAACACUCCAGAUCACCUUGGGCCGACCGCUGCAUUUGGCGCAAGUGUUCAGGCAGGCCAUGCGUCCCUCGACGCUUUACGCGCUGUUAACAAACUUCUCAAUCUGAGAAAGCACCCGGGUUUUAACACUGCAAUCUGGGGAUACAGCGGGGGCUCGAUUGCUACAUUCGCCGCGGCUGAUAUCUCAGCAGCGGUUGUCGGCGGUCUCGUGGAUGACAUUUCCGCCGCCCUGGACAAGAUCAACAGGAGUCCGAUCGCUGGCACUCUGAUUGCCCUCUUGAUAGGAAUUACGGCGCAAUAUCCCGAGGCACGAGCUUAUCUGGAAAGCUGUCUUGUCCCAGAGAUGAAAGACGAGUUUAUGGCAGCAGUGAACACCGAAGUCACUCAAAAUGUCGGCAAAUACGCAGGGAAAGACAUAUACGCUUUCUUCAAAGGUGGAAGUGCGGAAUUAAGAGCUCCGAUUUUACAAGAACUCUACGAUAAGCAAGUAAAGCUGGGAUACAGAGACACGCCCACGAUGCCCAUGUUUCUGUACAAGGCUAUACAGGAUCAGUUCUGCACUAUAGACCUUACUGAUGCGACGGUUGAUAGACUCUGUGAGAAAGGAGCGGACAUUACGUUUGAGAGGAAUACGGUGGGGAACCAUGUUUCUGAGAUUGAGAACGGAAAGCCAAGAGCGUUUGGGUUUCUGCGGAGUGUCUUUGAUGAGUCGUACAAGUCUCCUGCAUCGAAGCGGAAUGUGGUGGAUGUCACGGUUGAUGUUUCUUCACAGAAUAAGUGA